CCUGUUGAUGUGUGUGUCUCCCUGCAGCUGCAGCCGGAGCAGCUGGACUGUGGAGCAGCUCACCUCCAGCACCCGCUGGCCAUCGUCAACCCUGUCACAGCCACCCCCGUGUUCACCUACAGCGGCCUGACUGCCGUGGCUGUCGCCAGCGUCAAUAACUACACGGUUGCGUUCCUGGGCACUGCCAGCGGAGGACUCCUGAAGAUUAAUCUGGACAGUACUAUGAAGGUUAUUAGCAGGAGAUCCAUUUCAGUGGCUUAUGGAGAGCCUGUCCACCCCAUCAUGCAGUUCGACCCUUCUGAUUCCACCUACCUCUACCUGAUGACCUCCUAUCAGAUGACGCGGGUGAAGGUGGCUGCCUGCAACCAGUACUCGACGUGCAUGGAGUGCCUGGCUGCUGCUGACGCCUACUGUGGGUGGUGCACAAUGGAGACCAGGUGUUCUCUGCAGCAUGAGUGCACAAACUUCACAGGGGCCAACUUCUGGGCGAGUGCAAGUGAAGGAGUGCAGCAGUGCCCUUCUAUGACCAUCCUGGAGCCUGAGAUUAAUAUCGACAAAGAGAACCCGGCCCUGAUAAUACAGAUAAAUGGGACUAUCCCGAACCUGAAUGGAACAAAUAUUUCAUGUGACUAUGGAAAUAAUAUCCACACAGUAGCCAGAGUUGCUGGAGAUUAUGUAAACCAAUUUAUAUAUUGCAGUUUACUUCCACGUGAGAAAUAUCCAACGUUUCCAGACGACCAAGACCACGUGGUCGUCGAAACUGCUCUCCGAGUCAACGGCAAAAACAUUAUCCGGGCCAAUUUCACCAUCUACGAUUGCAAAAGAACUGGAAACAUUUACCCGAAGAGAGCAUGCACCAGCUGCCUCUCGACCAGGUGGAAGUGUCACUGGUGUCCCUCUGCCUACGCCUGUGUCUCCAACCACUCGCAGUGUGACGAUGCCCUGCAGAUGAAGAAGAAAAUUGACUGUCCGCGCAUUGUACCUGCCUUAUUGGACCCAAUGCCCACGGGAGUAUCUCGGGACAUUACAAUUUCACUGGCUAACGCGACUUUCUCUAAGGAGACAGCUCUGGAGUGCCAUUUUGGGACAGACAGAACAUUUGAAGCCCGGUGGCUGAACUCCUCCACUGUGGAGUGUGUACAAGUGCUGCUCCACACAUCAGAAAAAAGCCAUCUCUUCCCAGUGAACCUUCAGCUGAAGGACAGACCAGACAGAUUUAUCGACAGUCCAGAGUUGAUGACAGUGGAGGUGUACAACUGUGCGACUGGGAGUGCCGACUGCUCUCAGUGCCUGGGGAGGGAGGACCUGGGGCACCGCUGUGUCUGGAGUGAGAGCAGCUCCAGCUGCAGGCUGCACACCGAGUUCCCCCACGUCUCAGACGUCUGCCCAGCUCCAGAGAUCAAGAAGAUCGAGCCGCUGCGUGGUCCGCUGGAAGGGGGAACACUGCUGACCAUCCGUGGGAGGACCCUGGGCCGCCGCUUCAGCGAUGUCCUCGGUGCCGUCAGGAUUGGCAGUGUGCAGUGUGCUCCACUGCCUGACAGAUACCUCGUCUCAGAGGCGAUCGUAUGCCAGACCGGAGAGGCUCAGGAGGCGUUUUCUGACGUGGUGACGGUUAACGUGAGCCGGGAAGGGAGGUCCAGGGAGCGGUACUCCUACGUGCUUCCCAUGGUGCAGUCCAUAGCUCCCCUGAGUGGCCCGAAGGCUGGAGGAACCCGAGUGACCAUCAGAGGCAGCAGGCUGGACGUUGGCUCUGAGCUCCGUGUCCUUGUCAAUACCUCCAAGCAGUGCACCAACCUCAGCCGCAACGACAGCACCAUCACCUGCACCAUGCCAUCCGCGGAGCUCACCACGGCCGUGCGAGUCUGUGUUCAGUUCGAGAACAAGUCUUGUGCCAGCUACAACAUCACAUUCAAGUAUGAGAAGAACCCGAUUAUAUCAGACAUCAACCCCAAAAAGAGCCAGAUCAGCGGGGGCAGGAUCAUCACCCUGGAAGGAAGAGGCUUUGAGCUGGUCCAGAACGUGUCCAUGGUUGUCCGUGGCAUUGGCAGAGAGCAAACGAGCUGUAAGGUUCACACUGACACCAUGAUCACCUGCCCCUCUCCAGCUGCCUCCAACAUCACUGCAGGGAGCAAGCCUGCGCCCAUUGAUUUCUAUCUCAACGGUCGCCUCUAUGCAGACGACCGUCCGGCUCUGGAUGAGGAGCUGUACCCCGAGGAGGCCUUGCACAUCAGCAAGUUCAGCCUAGAGUACUACGCUGACCCCCAGUUCUUCACAGCCAAGAAGGAAAAGUGGAUCAAGCACCAUCCUGGCGAGCCCUUGACUCUGGUUAUACACAAAGACCCUGACAGCCUGGGCCUGGAAAGCAACGAGUACCAAGUGAAAAUUGGCCUUAUCUCCUGCGAGAUCCAGAUUGUUUCCGACAAAGUCAUCCACUGCUCUGUCAAUGAGUCGCUGAGCACCUCGGAAAGACAGUUACCGGUGACGAUCCAGGUUGGAAAGUUCAACUACACAAUUGCAAUGCUGCACCUCGGGGGAGGAGAGACCGCGAUCAUUGUCUCCAUUGUCAUCUGCAGCAUCUUGCUGGUCCUCUCUGUCGUAGCCCUCUUUGUGUUUUGCACAAAGAGCCGCAGAGCAGAGCGCUACUGGCAGAAAACCCUGCUCCAGAUGGAGGAGAUGGAGUCGCAGAUACGGGAGGAAAUCCGCAAAGGUUUUGCAGAACUGCAGACAGACAUGACAGACCUGACCAAGGAGUUAAACCGCAGCCAGGGGAUCCCGUUCCUGGAGUACAAGCACUUUGUCACCCGGACAUUCUUCCCCAAAUGUUCUUCGCUCUAUGAGGAGUGCUACAUCCUGCCAUCCCAGCAGCUCAGCUCCCAGGUGGGCUCCCAGGUCCAGGAAACUCAUCCACUCCUAGUGGGGGAAUGGAAGAUCCCUGAAAGCUGCAGACCCAACAUGGAAGAAGGAAUCUCGCUGUUCUCCACCUUACUCAACAACAAGCACUUUCUCAUCGUGUUUGUCCAUGCUCUCGAGCAACAGAAGGACUUUGCUGUUAGAGACAGAUGUAACCUGGCCUCCCUGCUUACUAUUGCAUUGCAUGGGAAACUGGAGUACUACACCAGCAUCAUGAAGGACCUUUUGGUGGAUCUAAUAGAUGCUUCAGCUUCCAAAAACCCCAAGCUGAUGCUGAGGAGAACAGAAUCCGUGGUAGAGAAGAUGCUCACCAACUGGAUGUCAAUCUGCAUGUACAGCUAUCUCAGAGAGACGGUCGGAGAGCCCUUCUUCCUGUUGAUCUGUGCAAUCAAACAGCAGAUUAACAAAGGGUCCAUCGAUGCCAUCACGGGGAAGGCCAGGUACACCCUCAAUGAGGAGUGGCUCCUGAGGGAGAACAUCGAGGCAAAGCCAAGGAACCUCAACGUCUCCUUCCAAGGCUGUGGGAUGGACUCCCUGAGCGUCAGGGCCAUGGACACAGACACGCUCAGCCAAGUGAAGGAGAAGAUUCUGGAGGCUUUCUGCAAGAACGUCCCCUACUCCCAGUGGCCAAGGGUGGAAGAUGUCGACCUUGAGUGGUUCGCCACCAGCACCGACAGCUACAUCCUCCGGGACCUGGACGACACCUCCGUGGUGGAGGAUGGCAGGAAGAAACUCAACACAUUAGCACAUUACAAGAUCCCCGAAGGGGCGUCACUGGCCAUGAGUUUGUCAGACAAGAAGGACACCACGCUGAGCAGAGUGAAGGAUUUGGACACUGAAAAGUACUUCCACUUGGUUCUCCCAACUGAUGAAUCAGUUGAACAUAAGAAAUCCUACAGACAGAGCCAUAGGAAGAAGGUUCUACCAGAGAUCUACCUGACCAGGCUGCUCUCCACAAAGGGCACGCUGCAGAAGUUCUUGGAUGACUUGUUCAAAGCCAUUCUCAGUAUCCGAGAUGAUAAACCACCUGUGGCCGUGAAGUAUUUCUUUGACUUCCUAGAGGAGCAAGCAGAGAAAAGAGGGAUCACAGACCCUGACACUUUGCACAUCUGGAAGACCAACAGCUUACCUCUGAGGUUUUGGGUCAACAUCCUGAAGAACCCCCAGUUCGUCUUUGACAUUGACAAGACAGACCACAUCGACGCCUGUCUCUCUGUGAUAGCCCAGGCCUUCAUCGACGCCUGCUCCCUGUCUGACCUGCAGCUGGGCAAGGACUCCCCAACCAAUAAACUACUGUAUGCCAAGGAGAUCCCCGAGUACAGGAAGAUCGUGCAGCGAUACUACAAGCAAAUCCACGACAUGCCCCCGCUCAGCGAGCAGGAAAUGAACGCCCACCUUGCGGAGGAGUCACGGAAAUACCGGAAUGAAUUCAACACCACUGUGGCCAUGGCUGAGAUAUACAAAUACGCCAAGAGAUAUCGCUCGCAGAUCGUGGCUGCCCUGGACACCAAUCCUACGACAAAGCGCACCCAGCUCCAGCACAAGUUCGAGCAAGUGAUUGCGCUCAUGGAGGAUAACAUCUACGAGUGCUGCAGCGAAGCCUAG